UCUUCAUCUUCAGUUUUAUCUCUGCAAGUGUACACGUACAUAUUUAAAUAAAAAAAAAUUUUGUAUGAAAUGACUUUUCAUAUGGGCGAUUUUGUUGUUUAGCGUUGAGAUAUUUAGCUGAUGCGGCAUUGGACGAGUCAGCGUUAGGACAGCUGUCGCAGAAGGAAGUAGCACUGAGUACAGUGGUUGUGAUUGAAAAUUAACAAAGCGAAUAGGUGAAAAAAAUACAGUGAAAAACAAAAACAAAUAUAUGUACAUACAUAUGUAAAUGUAAAUAAAUAAAAAUUAAUACAACAGGUGUGUUUGUGCGUCAACUACCAAAGACCAAAGACAAUCUGAAUAAGCGAAAAAAAAAAUUUGUGAAAAUGUGCACCUUUUGUUGAUGAGCGAAAUCGACGAACAGCUGUGCGCUAGCUAGCAAAUGUUCAUCGCCUACUCACGACCAACGGGCUGAUCGAUCACUCAUACGCCCCUUAGUACCUUUGCAUAAUGUCUGAAUUGUUUAUGGACAUUCAGCAGUGCCAUAUGGCUGCAGUGCUGACAAAUGCAAAACAACACAAAAGCAAGCAUAAAAAUAACAACGACAACAAUAACGAUAUUUAUAGCAACAACAACAAAUGCAGUUUCAGCAGCUCUAGAACACCUGAUACAAACUGCUCAUGGCAACGUUCAACAACAACUGGCGAGACGCACGCCUUCGACGCCGAGGGUAACGAUGAAGUGGAUGAUGAGUUCGCGAAUGUGUUGAGUUUACAGCUGCGAAAACCUAAGCAUUGGCGUUGGGAGCUGAGUACAGCGCGUUCAUGCGCAAAUAUAGCGCUGCCACGCAUUCUGCUCUACGACCACAAAGGUCAGCUGUUGGUGGACGCGAAUAGUCAGUUGGAGCAAUGCUACAAACAGCCGCAAAAUGAGCAGCCACGAAACGGGAUGCGUCGAAAUUCAAUGCAGCCUGCGUCUGCGACUCAGCCACGGGCACGUAAGCGCGCCAACAAAGCGGCCACUACGAAUUUGGCGCAAUCGAUAAGAAAAGCUUUGGAUCGGCAAUUCAGCGGUUUGCAAAUACAAGAGGCCACACCCUCACCUGCAUGUACACACAACUGCAGCGCGGCAACAACACCCACAACUGAGCAAAAUUCCACGCUAUCUUCAACCAUUGACUUUUACACCAAUGAACUGCCGGACUACAAGCUACAGCGGCGUGCCAAUUCACUGAAAGGCGUGCGGUUUAAGGUCAACGACGAUGCGAAUGUAAAUUGUGAUGCUGUCGCCAAUAAAAGCACACAGAAUUCGUUCAACCUCGCCGACUUGCCAACACCGCCGUCUACGAUUACGACCACUACCACGCCCACCAAUUCUUCAUCGUCCGGCCCGCGCGAAAAGCGUCGCUAUCGACGCUCCCACAGUUCAGGCCGCUCACCAGCUACCUCCGAAUCGAUAUUGGAACGUUUUAGCUUCAAUAAGGGACGCUUCUCUUCGCCAGAAUUUGCAGAGGAACAUGAGGUGUACCAUGCGCCGCGCUAUUUUCUACGCACUAGCAAGGCGGGCACUUUGGUGGUGCAGCACGAAAGCUUUAGCCGCUAUCGUCGUCGGCGUCGACUACGUAACUCAUCCACAGAGAAUGGGCAAAGCACGACAGGUAGUGGUUCGAAGAGUUCACUGAAAAUGUCGGAAAGUGGGUCGCAGCGCCAGCUGAAAACAACGAAUGCAAAUGGAGCAGUGGGAGAGCGGCCGUGCGGCAGCCUGUUGAAUAUGGCCGAGCAGCAGCAAACGCUGGUGAAGCGUAAAACAGUGUUCCCUGUGCGGCGCUAUCGCAGUGACGGCAAUGUGCUGCUACAUCAGCGAGUGUCUAGUUCAGGUGAUGAGCAAGUCAGCGAGCGAGAGGAUGAUCGUGUUAGAGCGCGAGAAAGAGCGAAAAUGCAGCAGUCACCGCGCAAAUACGUCAGCCACAGAAUACCGAGCAAAAAAGAACUGGUUACAAUCGAUCCAGAAAACGGUGUACAGCCAGGCGCUGUUAGCACAGAGUCAAGGUGAUGGGCAAUGCUUGCCCUGGGACGGUUGAGUUCAUCUACCUCAACAUCACGUACGUAUGUAUGUAUGCAAAAUUACAUACAUGUGCACUAAAUUAGGAACGAAACAUUUGUUUUAUUUAUGUUUUGUGUGAUUUUUUAUUAUUUAUUUACAUACAUACAUGAAAGUGAAGAA